AUGCAAAAAAAAGAAAAGAUUUAUGCAUGUGCUCAAGAUGGAUGUAUAUCUAAAUUCAAUAGACCUCAUAGACUAGCACAACAUAUGCUAACACAUUUAAAAAUUAAGACAUUUUCAUGCACAUGGGAUAAUUGCUUCAAAUCUUAUUCAAAUAAAAGUCAUUUGAAACGACACAUAGCAAGCACUCAUGAACAUCAUUCUAAUAAUAUCUUGCAUAGCUGCCCACAGUGUCUGAAGAACUAUUCUAAUCGUCAAAAUUUGAAGAAACAUAUAAAAUUAAAGCAUGAGAAUAAAUUGUUUCUUAUAUGUGACUGUUGUAAGGUACAGUUUAAAAAGAAACAUCAAUUGAGCGCUCAUAUGUAUAUACAUAAUGGAGUUAAGUCAUUCAGUUGUGAAAUAUGUGAAAAGAACUUUGUCACAUUACAUGAAAAGAAACGACAUAUGAGGAGUCAUAAAAUUUAUAACUGUGACCAAUGUGCUAUGAAAUUUAAUCAAUGGUCAAAGUAUCAAAAGCACAAAAAAUCAGAACACGAUAACAAACAAUACAUUUGUAAUGAAUGUGGUAAAAUAUACAACCAAAGGAGUUAUAUAAUACGACAUAUGAGGAUUCACUCCAACACUCAACAUAUAAGAUCAUUCUCUUGCCCUUACACCAACUGUUUCAGACGAUAUUCAAGAAAUAGUAAUCUUACUCAACAUAUCAUAACAAAACAUGAAGAUAUUAAACAUAGUUGCACAGUGUGUCAAGCUGAACUUAGUUCAAAGGCAAAAUUGAAUAAGCAUUUAAAACUACAUGAAAAUGGAGAGCAGCAUAAAAGGCAUCCAAAAUGCCUUAAUACUGGACGCAAAGAACGAAAAGAUAAGGGUUCCAUGAAAGUAACUACAGCUCUCAAGCUAGCUGGCUUGGUUUCCAAAGUAACUAAAGAAAACUGUGAAACGAAAUAA